CACGCAGGAGUCGUAGGCAUUGAAGCAAUAAGCGCUUACGCAACUUGCGUUCACGUCUCUAGACGUACUCAUAGUAUUGCAUUCGCUUGCAAAUGGCUGAGGACGACGUCAUGGCCAAUGCACCCGCUGAGGAUCUGCACGCUGAAAAUCCCCCAGUUGAAGGUGCUCUUGCUGAGGAGCCAAUGGAGGACGCCAGCACUGAUCUGGCUCCCUUGCCCGACGCUGGCGACACUGUAAAUGACGUUCCUAUGGAUGAUGAUCUUGACUACUCGGAGGUCGGCAAGGAAAUUAAGCUUACGGACGACGGCGGGGUCAUCAAGAAGGUCAUUACCGCGGGUGACGGCUGGGAGACACCCGAGGCAGGCGAUGAGGUGACCGUGCACUACGUGGGCACGCUGGAGGACGGCACCCAGUUCGACAGCAGCCGCGACCGGAACCAGCCCUUCGUGUUCCCGCUGGGACAGGGCCGCGUGAUCAAGGGCUGGGACACGGGUGUGGCCCGCAUGAAGAGGGGCGAGAAGGCGCUGCUCAUCUGCAAGCCCGAGUACGCGUACGGCCCGCAGGGCAGCCCGCCCAAGAUCCCGCCCAACGCCACCCUUCACUUUGAGGUGGAGCUGCUGAGCUGGCGCAGCGUGAAGGACAUCUCGGGUGAUGGCGGCGUCAUCAAGACCAUUCUUGCGGAGGGAUCUGGGUGGGAGCAGUGCCAGGAGCUGUUCGAGGCCAAGGUGUCGUACAUCGCACGUGUGGCGGGCUCCGAAACCCCCUUCGCCUCCUGCCCCCCCGAGGAGCCGGUGGUGUUCCCCACGCGGGAGGGGCACCUGGUGCCGGCGCUGGCCACCGCGGUCAAGACCAUGAAGAAGGGCGAGAAGGCGGCGCUCAAGGUCAAGCCGGCAUAUGGUUUCGGAGAGGCCGGCAGCGAGCAGUACGGCGUACCGCCCAAUGCGGAUCUUGAGAUCGAGCUCACCCUGCAGGGAUGGAACCACGUGGAGAACGUCAACCCCGAGGGCAGUGUCGUCAAGAAGACGCUAGUGGCUGUAGACAGCGAGUACCGCAAGCCGAAUGAGGGCGCCAAGGUCACGCUGCGGGUCACCGGCACGCUGCUGUCCGACGGCGGUGUGUUCAUGCGGCACGGGGAGGGCAACGAGCUGCGGUUCACCACCGGGGAGGAGCAGGUGGUUGAGGGCCUGGAGGAGGCGGUGAUGAAGAUGAAGCGCGGCGAGCGAGCCAUCAUCACCAUCACCGACCCCGCGCUGGGCUACGGAGCUGCGGGCGCGCAGCCCUCGCAGCCGCAGCAGGAGGGUGCGGGUGCGGGUGAGGCCCAACAAGAGGCCCAACAGCAGCAGCAGCCGCAGGGCCCCCAGCUGCUUGCCGCUGUGCCGCCCGACAGCGGGCUGCAGUUCGAGGUGGAGCUGGUGGAGUUUGAAAACGCCAAGGAGUCGUGGGAAAUGUCGGAUGCGGAGAAGGUGGAGGCGGCACGGAACAAGAAGGACAAGGGCAACGCCUACUACAAGGCGGGCAAGCUGGCCAAGGCCCAGCACUACUGGGACAGGGCAGUCAGCGCCGUACAGUACGACAAGCCCUUCUCGGAAGACCUCAAGCAGGCGUCUCGCGAGGUGAAGCGCAGCUGCUGGCUGAACCUGGCCGCGCUGGACAUCAAGCGGGCGCACUGGAAGGACGCGCUCCGGAACUGCAACAACGUUCUGGAUGUGGACAGCCAGAACGUCAAGGCGCUGUACCGCCGCGCUCAGGCGCACAUGGGUCUGCAGGACCUGUUCGAGGCGGAGCAGGACCUCAAGAAGGCGCAGUACGCGGAGCCCAACAACGCCGACGUGGCCGCCCUCAGCCGCAAGCUCAAGGCCGCCAUGCGCGAGCAGAACAAGAAGGAGGCCUCGCUGUACUCCAAGAUGUUCAAGUUCUCCGCUGCGGCCGCCAAGACGCCUGCUGCGGCGCCGGCGGCGGAGGGCGGCGCGCCGGAGGUGGUGGUGAAGGAGCAGGAGGCGGCAGUGGAAGGGGGGGUCGCGGAGGCGGCGCCGGCGGCUGCUGCUGCGGUGACGGUGGGGCCGGCUGAGGUGACGGCGGCGUGAGAGGGAGGGGAUUGAGGUGUGGAUUGUGGUGGGUUUGAGGGGUUGGAAUGAUGUGAAGGAAAGCGGUGGGGUGAGUUAAAGGUGAGUUAAAGGUGAGUUAGAGAGGACAGUUGGUUGCGGGGUUUAUGCAUGGGUUGUUGUGGCGUGCAGGAGUGGAAUGCGGCGGUCUUAGAAGAUUCGCAAGGUGCAGCUAUCCUGGAUUAAGUUGCCUCGCACGUAUUCGGGAUCGGGACUUAACUGGAGAUGCAGUGCAUGGCUUGGCGAGGCACAAAGUUAUUUUUCAUCCGCGUUAAGGCUAGGGAGAGGCAGUGAGCUGUGAGAGAGCGUGUGUCGUGCAGCGUUGGCAUACUUUGGCCGACAUAAUUGCAGUUGUCUCUCCUAAACGUCGGCUUGGCCUAAUCUUAUGUGUGAACAGGCUUAGUGGCUCGGGCGGGGAGGUGGAGGGAGUGGAGGUGUGCGAGCGUAAGCAUAAGUACUGAUGCUAGCUGUAAAUAGCCAGCUGUAAGGAAGAAGAGCA